AUGGUCAAACUUACUGAAGUCGAAGACGAGCACUUCACCGACAAGCCCACUGCCACCAAGCACGACGCUCUCCUGGUCUCUGAUGACGAGGAUGACUACUCAGACACUGACUCCGAGAUCUCCGACGAUGAGGAUGUCGAGCUCGAGGCCGAGUCGGUCUACGAGCGUAUCGCCGCUCUGAAAGACAUGAUUCCCCCCUCCGCCCGCCGCACCGUCUCCAACACCGUCUCUUCCAUCACAGACCUCACCAAGGCCAGCUUUUCAUUCAGCGGCAAGGCCCUCUGGAUCAUCAGCACCAGUGCUUUCUUGCUCGGUGUGCCAUUCGCCUUGGCCUACGCCGAGGAGGAGCAGUACAUCCAGAUGGAGCGCGAGCAGGGAAUGAUCAAGGGAGCCAACGAGAUGCUCACCCCCGGCACCGAAACCGAGAAGCUUGCUCAACCCACUCUGUAA